GAGAAGGAGCGGAUCGAGGAAGAUGAAUACUGGGCGACUCCUGACCCUGUCAAGGAAAACGGAGUCGGCUGCAGAUGCAGGUGCGAUACCGACAUUGUGGAUGUUGAAGGCAAGCAGGGUAGCUGUCUCGCCGAAUGGGUGGAAGUUGCCGGAGGCUGGGCAUCUCCAUAGAUGGAGCUGACCUUUUUUUUGUGUUCGCUGUAUCAUCUUCACCUCGUUUCCGUAUCUAUCUGUUCGACUGUGAGCAUUACUUUGGGUCGCCCUUGGAGUUGUUUGCUUGGGCCUGCAUCUUAUGGCCGUGGGAUUUCACUGGAACGGCGUUUAACGGAUCUGACGGCUUCUUAUACGGAAGACGGUGUCAACAUUCUCAUCAAUAUUGACAAUACAUCUAGCGUGCUGUGCGUUCAAUUUGGAUUGCUGUUUGUUACAAUAUCUUGCCGACUUGGAAAGAAAAAAGAAAAGAAAAGCCUGUCGUCUGGCUCCGAACCCACAAUGCCAGUCGAAGUCCUCGCGGCCAUCCACUUGACCCAGUCGAUCUCUGCAAAGCUUUGUCCUCGUGCUAAGCAGAUGCUAGCAUGGCUCCGUUCCCCGAAUUCCUCUGAUAAGUCGACCAUUUGUUCAAUUAUGCGCCAAACCCAGUUCGCUAGCAGAAAGCUCCAGCAGCGGCAUUACGAGACUUAUGACAUUGUUUUCAGGGGCAUUACCUGGGAAGAAACGUUGGUUCGCAUGGGAGAGCUCAAUUGGCAGUACUAAGCCAUCUGUUUAUUUAUUCAUGUCUUUAUCACCCCCUUUCCCCCCAAUACUCCCUUUCCCGAUGUUCUCAAUUCUUGAUUGUUUUCUUUUAGCAUCAAUUCACGAAGUGUACAUAUCUUUUUUCCUA